AUGAAAAGAAAAGAAAGAGAGGACGAGGUGGAUGAUAAUAUUAUCACCCUUGAUGAAGAAGAAGAAUAUACAGAGGAAGAGUUAAAGACAAUUUAUCGAAAAGAUAUAUGUUAUCAUCGAUCUACAAAUAAACAACAACAUCUUACAACAAACAAUAAUAAUGAUAAUAAUAAUAAUGAUAUAACAUUAAAAUAUUAUCAUCAUAGAUAUUUAGAUGAUUCAAGUGUUGGUGGUGUUGGUGGUACAGUGCUACCAUGGUUUAUCAUCGAGAGGAUAUUGACAUUGGCAUCAUACAAUGCAAAUAUUUGUACGUGUGUACACAAUGAUGCUCUACGAGAUGUUAUGGAGUUAUUGGAAAGCAAACAAUACGCACUAAAUACUAUGAAUACGAAAGGACUAGCUCAAUUACAAAUGCAACCAAUAAUAGAACAAUCACUCUGUCGACAAGAUAUGUGUCCCAUUCACCAAUACAACUACGAUAUGGGUCACCGAUCACGACCCAACCUUUAUUUAAGAAAUUCAAAUAAUAAUAUCAUUGGCAGGCGUCUCGAUGAUGAUGGUGUUCAUUUGGAACCGACCAAAGACACGUACAAUCACAUCCAAAACAAACAUUGUGUUAUCAAGAAUCCAACCACUCUUUACUUGGUCAGACCCUUUCAUGACUCAUUUCACAAACCAUUUUAUGUUGACAAUGAAGCAUUGAAACGAGUAAGAAAGGUACACAUCCAAGGUGCAGUCCCAACUAAACAACAACCUUUGGUAAAAGGUAUUCUGACGAUGCUAUCGGAUGCAAUGCCCAAACUCAGGAGUAUUGUUCAGUAUGAGAGAAUCGACGUGGCUCUUCUCAGAGCAAUACCAAACGCUCCCUUUACCAAUCUCAGGUCGAUCAAUUUUCUCAAUGCCACUCCCACAGAAAUGGCUUUCAAUCACAUUGAUAAAUUACUUCUUCAAUCGAAUAGGCAAACCAAACAAGAAGAUCUCCCAAAACUCAAGCAUAUAUAUUUUGUUGGUGGGCAUUGGCAAAAUCCAACAGCAGUACUGGUACCAACAAGUGUCGAUAAACUUUCAUUUGACACGAGACCAGGGAACGCAAAAGUACUCAAUAACUUUCCAAAUGUCACAAUAGUCAGAUUUAAACAUAUUGGAUACGAUCCUCAAUCCCAUUAUACAGUUAAUGGUUGUUACAAUGGUGUCAAUUUUAAACAAACCAAUAUUAAAAAAAUUAUUAUUCAUUCACCUUUUGAUAUUUUAAAAGGUGAUGUUUCUCGAUACAAAGAAAUAGGUUACCAAUUUAUCGAUUCAACAUUGAUAAAUAAUUUUAAAAAAUUUAUAUUUAAAAAAUUAGAGAAUAUUAAUAAUAAUAAUAAUAAUAUAGAUAAUAAUAAUAAUAAUAAUAAUAAUAAUAAUAAUAUAGAUAAUAUAGAUCAUUCAACUACCACAACAACAAAUAAUUUAAUAACUAAUAACAAUAAUUUUGAAAAAAGAUUACCAAAUUAUAUUAUGCGUAAUAUUAUAUCGAUGGUUUGGAAUCUAAGAGAUAGAUGUACAUGUAUAUUUGAACAAAGUUUUAUGAAAAGAUUGGAACAACCUGGAUUGGAAUUUUUAAAAGAUAAGGAAUUGAUUCAACAAUACUACUCUAUCAAAAAUGAAUGUGCUGUUCAUUUUUCAACAACAAUAAGAUUAUUUAUACCUCAACACCAUACAAUUAGAGAAUCAACAAGAUCAAAACUACAACUAGCACUAAUAUCUAAAGAUAUUUUCAGAUUUGUAUCUAAUCAUUUAUUCAACAAUAUUAUAUUACCCAAUAAUAAUAAUAAUAAUUAUAAUAAUCAAAAUAUUAUUAAUAAUAAUAACUAUCUUGCUCAUCGAAACAAUCUAAAUUGUGUAUUUAAAACCAUUCGAUCAGUUGUCUGUUACAACGCUAAUAAUAAUGGUUUUAAAUUUAAUGAACAAGAUUAUCAAACAAUUGCAUCAAUCAAGUACCUAAAAGCAACGGAAAUACCACCAUUGUUUCCAAACUUGACCAAAUUGGAUAUUAGAGAUUGCUCGAUUCCAUACGAUGCUCUAAUAUUUCCUAAACUAGCAGAGGCAUUAAAAGGAAAAUCGAUCACCAAACUCUACUUUCCAUCAAACUGCAUCAGUGCCUAUUCGAUACUAUCUGAAGAUAUCAAGCUCUCUCUACGAUGCAUUGUAACCAAUCUCUCACAAGAUGUUAACUUGAACGAGUUUCCAAAUUUGGUUGCAUUGGUUGUAAUGAAUAUUAGCUCAACUACAAUUGAUCAAACAUUAAAACUACCACCUAAAAUCAAAAAGAUUACAACAAAUCAAGAAGGAAUAAUAAGAAUCAAUCCUACGGUUCCCACACUCAAGAUAUUAUACAACGAGAUGGAAUAUCAUCAAAUUCAACCUAUGUUGAACAAAUUAUCAUCUUUCAGCCAAAUCUCAAAAGUUAUCAUUCAAAUCAAAUCGUAUUGUGAUCUUUACAACACACCUUCCGAGUCUUGUUUCCAACUCGAUGGUAGUCUGUCCAAACAAAUUUAUUCACAACAGGAUAAUAAUAUAAAUAAAUUAAAUCAACCUCCACAACAACAACAACAACAACAACAACAACAACAAAUCCCCUUACCACCAACACCAAAACCAACUCAGAAAAGAAAUGCCAAAACCAAACGACAACAACCUCAACAACAUCAACACCUACUACCUACAAUUAUUCAACAACAACAACCAGUUCAACAAGUCCACAAUAAUAAUAAUAAUAAUAAUAGUGCGUUCCCAAAUCAACCUCAGCAACCAUCACCAAUAUAUUCUAAAAAUGGAUCAUCGAAAGUGAUUUGUCGAUUUGUAAAUCUAAAUUUUAGAUGGGAUUCAAAAGUUUUAAACAUCCCCAUUCCAGAUCAAGCAACUUUGGAGAUGGCUAAAAUGAUGUUUUAUAUCAAAUUUGACCUUAAAAACUCACCAGAAUACACCGAGAGUGAAUACCAACACUUUAAGUUUUACUAUAAUGACCAACCAAUCCAAUCCCAUUCCAAGUUUAUCUAUGAAUUCGAUCUCCAAGAUGGACACUUUAUUCGAGCAGAGUGGGAAUCAAAGUGGAAAACGGUGCAAGUGCAAGGUUUUGAAAUGGAGAUACUCUCUAUGAGAAUCCAAGACGACACUCUGCUCGAAGACAUUGUCAAAGCCUAUUUCCAGGGUUGCCCCCCACCAUAUGAAUACAAAAACUUGCGCGUAGAAUACAACGGGGUUCGAUUGGAUCUUACUGGUGACGUUGGUAGCAGCCAAAUCAAAAAAAACUCGUUCCUCAAAAUUGUAUCAUCCUCUGACAUUAUCCAUGUGCAUGUUAUACCAUCGUGGAACAUUGGGGAAAAAGAAAUCUAUGCACUUCACAAACAGACCACAGUCCUUUCGAAAUUGGUAGACUCUUUUCUCAAAAAGCACCAACUCCAUCCCAGACAAAUCAACUUUACAAGUGCCUCGACCGGUGCUGUGAUCGAUCCAAACAAACCAUCACUCGACCAAGGUCUUGAAAUGGACUCUGUCAUCCAUGCCAAUCUUAUACUCUCAAGAAUAGAUGUAACCUACCAACCCCAUACAGUACCAUACUUGCUCAGCACCAAUACUUGCUUUGAGUCUUUGAUACAACGAUUCUGCGAGAGACUCAAUAUCAAUAGAUCCACUGUGCAAUUUGUUUAUGACAAUAAGAAAUUGGUGCCAGAAGAAACACCAGAGCAUAUCAAGAUGGGUCCACAGGCAAACAUACAGGUUACAUCAAACGGUACUACUGUUCAGCAAUAG